GCCGCUCGGUGACGGCCGUCUCGUCCUCUUCGCUCGAAGUGAAAGGCUUGCUUCUACGUUGCCGGUUGGUCGUAUCCGCGAUUCCAUUCGGGUACCUUUGCUCGGUUCUCGGAUUCCUUGGUCGCUUUGCGGAAUAAUGACAAGUGUAGAGAGUAAUUCAGAAGAUUCAUCGGCAAAAAACUCAAGAAAGGAUCCCGGUUGGAAAUACAAUUAUCUAAAGGAUCCUAAAGAUCCUAAUGUUGUGACGUGUAUUUUUUGCGAGAAAACUACUGGAGGUGGCAUUUUUCAUGCAAAGCAACAUCAAGUAGGGAACCUUAAGAAUGUAUCAGCAUGCAAAAUGUGUCCACCUGAUGUAAAAGAAGAAUUACUGGCUUAUAUGAAUGAUAAAAAAAUACAAAGAAAUGAAUCUUAUGAGAUUUCACCCGAGGAUGAUAUUCAAUAUCUUACAGAUGAUGAUGAAGGAGUAGAUCAUUCAGAAAAUGUCAAUGCUAGUGGGAAAAGAAUAUCUCACAAAAAAGGAAAAGAAGUUAUGAUUUCCAAGAAGACUAAAAAAGGACCAAUGGACUUGUAUAUGUUUCAAGAAUCAAAGAAAGUUAUACGAGGUCAAAAAGGAGCAAAAUUAAUACAAACAGGUAUAAAUGAUGAUUGUGAUGAGGAAAUACGUGCAAGAACGAUACAACACAUUGCUCGCUUCUUCUAUCAAGCUGGAAUUCCCAUUAAUGCUUGUCAUUUAGAUAGUUUUAAAGAGAUGAUUGAAGCUAUUGGAAGAUAUGGUCCUAAAUUAAGACCGCCAAGCUAUCAUGAGUUGAGAUGUCCAUUAUUGAAAAAAGAGUUGGAGUACACAAAUGAUUUGUUGAAGGGUCACAAGAACACAUGGGUAAAGCAUGGUUGCUCUAUUAUGUCAGAUGCUUGGACCGAUAUGAGACAAAAGAGUAUAAUUAAUUUUAUGGUCAACUGUUCUUUAGGAACUAUGUUUGUAAAGUCAAUAUAUGCAUCUUCCUUUAUAAGAUCUGGAGAAAAGACAUUUGAGUUACUUGACAAGUUUGUAGAAGAAAUUGGAGAACAAAAUGUCAUUCAAGUUAUAACUGACAAUGGAAGCAACUAUGUUUUAGCUGGUGAAUUACUCCAAGCAAAAAGAGAACACUUGUAUUGGACUCCAUGCGCGGCACAUUGUAUCGAUUUAAUGUUGGAGGAUAUUGGAAAGAUUUCAUAUAUCAAGAUGAUUUUAGAAAGAGCGAUAUUUCUCGUUGGAUUUUUAUAUAGUCAUACUGGGACUUUGAAUAUGAUGAGAGGAUUUACAAGCAAAAAAGAAUUAGUAAGGUAUGGUGUCACACGAUUUACUACUUCAUUUCUAACAUUGCAAAGUGUGUACCGUCAAAAACACAACCUUAUAAAUAUGCUUACCUCGAAUAAAUGGGUGUCAAGUAAAUGGGCAAAAGAUGCAAAAGGUAAGAGAGCCAGUGAUAUUAUCUCAAUGUCAUUCUUUUGGAAUCAGAUAGUAUAUACGUUAAAAGUAAUGAGCCCUCUUGUUCGAGUUCUUCGGCUUAUAUAUAAUGAAAAGAAGCCUGCAAUGGGAUAUAUUUAUAAGGCUAUGGAUAGAGCCAAGGAAACAAUUCAAAAAUCUUUUGGUGGAAAUGAAGAAAAGUAUAAGCAUAUAUUUGCGAUCAUAGAUAAAAGGUGGGAAUGUCAACUUCAUCAUCCACUACAUGCAGCAGGAUACUAUUUAAACUCAGAAUUCUUUUAUAAAGACUCCUCCAUUAAGUUUAAUGUAGAAGUUGUAUCUGGAUUAUAUCAGUGCAUUGCAAGAUUGGUUCCAGACAUUGAGAUUCAAGAUAAGAUUAUCAACGAAUUAUCUUUAUAUAAGAAUGCUGAGGGUCUUUUUGGAAAUCCUAUGGCAAUUCGAUCGAGGACAACCCUAUCCCCAGCUGAAUGGUGGAAUCUAUUUGGAAAUUCUACCCCGAACUUGCAGCAAUUAGCUAUCAAAAUUCUGAGUUUGACUUGUAGUACGAUUGGUUGUGAGCGAGAUUUCAGUAUCUUUGAGAAUAUUCAUGCACAGAGAAGAAAUCGGUUGGAGCAUCAACGAUUGCAUGAUCUGGUCUAUAUAAAGUAUAAUCAAGCACUAAAGGCUCGUUAUAAUUUGCAAAAUGGUAUUGAUCCAAUCUCGUCACAAGAUAUUGAUGAUUCAAAUGAAUGGUUGGUGGGAGAAGCGGGUGCUAACUUGCAAAAUGUCGAAGACGAGUUUAUAUUUGAAGAUAAUAAUUUGACAUGUGGAGAUGUGACAAGAGUUUCAGGUGUUGGAGAAUUAAGAACAUGCACAAGACAACUCACAAAAGCAAAGUUGAGUGCAAGAGCCUUAAAUUCAUCACUUGUCAUUGUUGAAGAGGAGGACAAUUAUUUUGAUGAAGCUGAACCAAAGGAAUAUAAAUCAACUGAAGAAGAAGAGGAAGAUGAUGAUAAGUUUAAAAAUGAUGAAGUUAAUUAUGAUGAUUAUUGAAUCUGAUGUUAAUCUUCUUCUGUUUUGAUAUUUUUGUUAUUAGAAUUUGGACAUUAUAAUUUGGUACUUUAUAUGAUUACAAUUUGAUGUGUUAUCUUUAUUUUUGAGAUCAUAUUUAUUAAUCAGAAUAUAAAUUUUAUAAAUUUUAAUAUUCGGGAGCGUCUUGCUUCGCUCGGGCGAGCGCUUAGUUAAGCCUAAUAACUCGGGAGUUUUGGGAUCUUAGCGUUUUUUGGCGCCUAGCACUCUUAAACAUUGCAUCUUAGUACAAGGACAAUUAUGAGGUUUAAUUUACUUCCUAAGAAUAAUGCUAAAUGGGCUCGAGACUCGUUCAUAGUAUGUGAAAUGAUUUAGACCUGACUUUUGAGCAAGGAAAGCCAUUUCAAAAAGAUUGUAGUAUAUAUUAACCCACGAAUAGAGCAGGUCAUAGCCUGGGUGAAUUUCAACCCUAAAGAAUCGGUACACACAUAUUAGGUGUUCUUGGUGUGUUUUAAAGUGAACGGGUAUCAUAAAUUUAUUUGACUGCAUUCGAUGUUAUAGUUAUUGCUGAAACUGGCUUCUUUUUUGUUUCAACCAUUGGGGCAUCGAUGUCUUUUUGGUCUGAGGCCUCUUCCAUGAUGACUUUGGCUACUGCAAUUUGCUCAGCCAGUAUCCCAAAGUGUCAGAUAUGUGUACCAAAUUAUGGUAUGAUUUUAUUUUUUGCUCUUGGUUCUGCAUCUCUCUCUUACACUGCUGCCACCACCACCAGGGCCCUCUUUUUUUGUGUUUUUUUUGUGGCAUGUGUGGACCUGUGGCACAUAUAAAUGCCUCUGAUAGCCAGCAUGAGACUGCAUCCCUGGAAGGCAAUUUUUGUUUUAGGUAUAUUUUUGUUUGCAAAUUCUUCUAUAUUUUCAUGUUGUUAUGUCCUUUUAUUUUUUUUCACUCCAAAUGGUAGGAUCCUUGUGUCACUAUUGCUUUUCUGCAUAGAAUGUUAGACCAGAGAUUCUAUUACUGUAGUAUUGACUAUUUGCAAUCUUGGGUGCAUUCAUGCUAAAUACAUGUUAGUGUGAUGUCGGCAUUUCAACCUAUCUGUUAGGCAGGAAACUAGGUAAUUUGGGAAUAAUGUAGGUGUAAUAAGAAUAAGUUAAAAUUGUAAAAUCGAAUGAGAAUAGCUAGAUUGACUAAUGGAUUGCUACAAGUCUGCAACAGGUAAGAAUUCAGCUUGGGAAAAAAAGAAAAACAAUAAUCAGAAUAAAUAAUUUGAACUAUUCAUUAACAAGACAUGGGUUGUUAAUGCAGAAGUCAUUUUGUUAUAUUUUUGUUUCUGGAGUAACUUUGUUCAUUCGGAAAUAUAACAAAUCUUUACACAGUCUACCAGUAUUAUCCUCAUUUAUUCUCCACCAUUGUCAAAUGCUAGAGAAAGAAAUUGAUCUAGAAGGCCCUCCAUGUUCUUGGCGUACAUCAGUUGUGAUCUGUGAUAGCAAGCAAUAAGCAUGGUUGAUGCUGAGUUGUUUUCUCUUGCAGUUUUUUGGAUUUUAGGAUCAGGAGCUGGUUCUUUUCAGACAAGGAGUCUUACUGUCGGGACCCAGCUUCUUGUUUAUGGAUGGGGAAGUAACAGGUUGCUAUUUGAAUGUACAGUUUGGAGAGUUGUGAUUGGCCUAGAUACCCAACUACAAACUCACCUUCUUGUCUGUUCGGUUUGUGAAAUAUGGCUGACCAUCUUUUGUUGAAGUUGUACAAUUCAGAACUCGGCACUUGGGAGACUUUACCAGAUAUGAAUGUGUUUAGGAUAUUAUGUUCUGGCUUCUCUUUAAAUGGGGAAUUAUUACGUUAUAAGGGGCAUGUCAAGCCAUACGGAUUUUUCAAUGUCUGUUGACGAGUAUAACCUUGAAACAAGGACAUGAAGAAGGAUUAGGAAUACUUAUCCUGGCAGCAGUAGGGAUACUCGGUCUCCCCCUUUGGUUGCUUGUGAAAUAAUAAGCUUCAUGCUGCAGAUCAACCUACAAAUGAAAUUGAGAAGUAUGAUAAGGAAAAUAACACCCGGAAUGUUGUAAGAUGGCUGCAUUCAAGGCAUGUGGUGAGUGAGUGGUGGUCAUAGAGCACCUCGAGGUGGAAAUAAUUGUUCUGCACUUUGGUGUCGUGAAGAUGGAAACACAGGUGAAGCAGGAGCAGAAUAUGCUGUCAGAGAGAGCUGGUGCUUUUGUUUACAUCCGUGUAGUAAUGGGUUGUUGAAACAUGCAAACAAAUGUGCGCCGGCUAUAAAUCAUAGGUUAGUCAGGAAGUGUUGCUGCAUUUAGUUCAUGAAAUGACACAUUUACUGGUUUUUUUUUGCUUCGAGUACUCAAUAAUUUGCAUCGACUCAGGAUACUACUCUGCACUCUCGUAGUCAAUGUCUCUUUAGACAAAGUAUACCAUCGAGGUAACAUGGAGACUUCUUUUUCUUAUCUAA